UAUCGCAACCAAAACACGACAAGUUGUCAGACUUGUCUCCUCUUGUCUCCUCCUGCCAACGUAGGACAGGGGCAAGUUAGCUUAAUAAUUGCCUUGCAGUCUGUCGUUCCCAACUUGAACAACUCUUCACAGAGUCAACAGUCUUGAGAUCUUUUUGUUUCCAAACAAUCCCACUCAAACCUUUCGUCCUACAUUCAUUCAGGUACUUACCGCUAGCUGCUACACCACGCUGCCCCGCUCCUUUCCCGGACAACACAGCUGCGCUUCUUAAGAAGAGAAGGCCAGCUUGUGUUUUAAGCCCGCUGCAAAGCAACUGAAAGUACACGAGUCAGUUACCAAUUUCACACGCUCUGAAAGCUACAAUGCUUCGCAGGGCAAUCCCCAGAAUCUCCCGGCGAACUGUCCCGGCGCAGACUUCAUCCCCCCUCUUCGGUCUUUGCGCCCGCCCUGUGAGAACCAGCACUACCACCUCCGCGCACGCUCGGCUCCUCUCGACAUCAGCUGCUAGGAUGACCGCUCCCUCGCCUCUGGCUCCUGUUGAGCAUCCUUUUUCCUCGACCAUUCCUUUUGAGUCCUUCCAGCUUUUGCCCGAGGAGCAGAAAGCCGGCGCCGCCGAAGAUGCCCUCCUCCAACAACAGAUCAAGGAAGUUGAGGCUUGGUGGGCGUCGCCGCGCUUCAAGGGCAUCAAGCGCGACUGGACUGCUGCCGAUGUCGUGAGCAAGCGCGGUUCGCUCCAGCAGACUUAUACUUCGUCCAUCAUGGCGCGCAAGCUCUGGAACUUGGUGCAGGAGCGCUACGCCCAGGGCAAGCCCAUCCAUACCCUGGGUGCCAUCGAUCCCGUUCAGAUGACCCAGCAGGCGCCUCAUCAGGAGGUCCUCUACAUUUCCGGUUGGGCAUGCUCCUCGGUUCUGACUUCCACCAACGAGGUAUCGCCCGACUUUGGCGACUACCCCUACAACACCGUUCCCAACCAGGUCCAGCGUCUUCACAAGGCCCAGAGCAUGCAUGACCGCAAGCAAUGGUUCCUGCGCAGCAAGAUGACUCCCGAGGAGCGGGCCAAGACCCCUUAUACCGACUACUUCCGCCCCAUCAUUGCCGACGGCGAUACCGGCCACGGCGGUUUGACCGCCGUCAUGAAGCUUGCCAAGCUGUUCGCCGAGAAUGGUGCCGCCGGCGUUCAUUUUGAGGAUCAGAUGCACGGUGGUAAGAAGUGCGGUCACCUUGCCGGCAAGGUUCUCGUCCCCACCGGCGAGCACAUCAACCGCCUCAAGGCCGCCCGCUUCCAGUGGGACGUCAUGGGCACCGAGAACCUUGUGAUCGCUCGCACGGACUCCGAGAGUGGUAAGCUGCUCUCUUCCUCCAUCGACGCCCGCGAUCACGAGUUCAUCCUCGGUGUCGCCGACCCCUCCAUCACCUCCCUCGCCGAGACCCUCGCCGACAUGGAAGCCCGCGGUGCUCCCGGUUCCGAGAUCGACGCCUACGAGGCCGAGUGGGUCAAGAACACGAAGCUCGUCACCUUCGACGAGGCUGCUCUUGCCCACUUUGAGCACCACAACGUCCGCCAGGACCUCUUCGGCACCUACAAGGCCACCAUUGCCCAGAACCCCAACAUGGGCAUCACGGCCCGCCGCGCCCUCGCCCAAUCCAUCACCCCCGAACACCCCGUGUACUGGGACUGGGACGUGCCGCGCACGCGCGAGGGCUUCUACCACUUCCGCAACGGCAUGGCGGCCGCCACCAAGCGCGCCCUCGCCUUCGGUCCCUACGCCGACCUCCUCUGGGUCGAGACGGGCGACCCGUCCGUCGAGGUGGCCACGGAGCUCGGCCGCGCCGUGCGCGAACAGUUCCCUGGCAAGGGUCUCGUGUACAACCUUUCCCCUUCGUUCAACUGGAUGGCCCAUGGCUUCACCCAGGACACGCUCAAGUCGUUCAUCUGGGACAUUGCGAAGGAAGGUUUCACCCUUCAGCUCGUCUCGCUCGCGGGUCUGCACAGCACCGCCACCAUCAGCAACGAGCUGGCCCGCCGCUACAAGGACGAGGGCAUGCAGGCGUAUGUUGAGCUGGUGCAGAAGCGCGAGAAGGAGCUCGGUGUUGAUGUGCUCACGCACCAGAAGUGGAGCGGCGCUAACUAUGUUGAUGCCAUUCUGGGACACAUUCAGAGCGGUAGCUCGAGUAGCAAGAGCAUGGGCGAGGGUAACACGGAGAAUCAGUUCGUAUAAGGGCUUAUCAGUUGCUCGGUCGGUCGGGAUACAGUACGCACAUGACUGAGUGAGGGCAUACAAACCUACUAGGCAGUAGGUGAUGAGGUCAAUGGGGGACUUGCUUGGCGGGCGGCUAUUUCGGGUUCGGUUGGUUGGCUCUAGGCGAAGUCUUUGCAUGGCAUUUCAUGGGGCGUCUUGUUCUAAUGUUCUUCUGCUAUCUUUUUUUUUGGUUAUGACAACAUAGUCUUCUUCGAACUACACGUGGUUUAGCUGUCUAUACGCGGUUGAUAGACCCGAUGGUUAGUAGUUAUACGAAAGGUUUUCGGUACAUUCAUCCUCUCCUGAUAGACGCAAUGCAUGAGAAUAGUUGU